CUUCACUGAAACUGCUAUUUCUGCUUCAUCUUAACGAGAACAAGGGCUUGAAAAAGUUUCAGUUUGUGAAGUAGGGAUCUAGGGUUUCUAAAUAUGGAGAAAGUGGUUGCUGUGAUCAUGGUUGGCGGACCCACCAAAGGGACUCGAUUUCGACCCUUAUCUUUCAAUACACCAAAACCAUUAUUUCCAUUAGCUGGUCAGCCAAUGGUUCAUCAUCCAAUUUCAGCUUGCAAAAGGAUUCCAAACUUGGCUCAAAUAUUUCUAAUUGGGUUCUAUGAGGAAAGGGAAUUUGCAUUAUAUGUUUCUUCCAUCUCUAAUGAGUUGAAACUGCCAGUGAGAUACUUAAAAGAGGAUAAACCACAUGGUUCAGCUGGUGGCCUUUAUUACUUCAGAGACAUGAUCAUGGAAGACAGCCCGUCACAUAUAUUUCUGCUGAAUUGUGAUGUUUGCUGCAAUUUUCCGCUCACUGACAUGCUUGAGGCCCAUAAAAGAAGUGGUGGGAUGGGAACAAUGCUAGUAAUCAAGGUUUCUGCUGAGUCUGCCCACCAGUUUGGUGAGUUGGUCGCUGAUCCAAUCACCAAAGAACUGUUGCAUUACACAGAGAAACCUGAGACUUUUGUAAGUGAUUUAAUCAACUGUGGUGUUUACGUCUUUACCCCAGAUAUCUUUACUGCCAUUCAUGAUGUCUUUACUCAUCGGGAGGAUAGAGCUAAUAUACGCCGGGUGUCCAGCUUUGAAGCCCUCCAGGCUGCUACAAGGGCCCUUCCUGUAGAUUUUGUAAGGUUGGAUCAGGAUAUUUUAUCUCCUCUUGCUGGGAAGAAGCAACUUUAUACAUAUGAGACCACGGAUUUCUGGGAACAGAUCAAGACUCCAGGGAUGUCUCUGAAAUGUUCAGCUUUGUAUCUAGCACAAUUUAAAAUGAACUCUCCCCAUCUUUUGGCCAGGGGAGAUGGAAUAAUGAAUGCUUCAGUAACUGGUGAUGUGUUCAUCCACCCAUCUGCUAAAGUACAUCCAACUGCAAAGAUUGGGCCAAAUGUCUCAAUUUCAGCGAAUGUUCGUGUAGGAGCAGGUGUGAGGCUUAUAAGUUGCAUCAUCUUGGAUGAUGUAGACAUUAAGGAAAAUGCUGUUGUAAUAAAUUCUAUCGUUGGAUGGAAAUCUUCACUUGGGAAAUGGUCCCGUGUUCAGGGAAGUGGGGACUACAAUGAGAAGCUUGGAAUCACCAUCCUCGGAGAAGCAGGUACUGUAGAAGAUGAGGUUGUGGUGAUCAACAGCAUUGUUCUUCCAAACAAGACUCUUAACGUCAGUGUACAGGAGGAGAUCAUUUUGUAACAAAAAGAGAUAUUAUUAAGCCUCCUGGUCAGCGUUUUAACUUAAUCCCAGAAAGCAAAAUUGUAAGGUUGAGUUGGAAUUCAAUUGCAGGAAAAUUUUUCCAAUCACAGGCUUUUGAUGUAAUCUCCCAUUUUGACUUUCAUCUGUAUUCUAAAAUUGUUCAAGUGAGAAUGAAAAGGUUUCUGAUUUAAUGAUUUUGUUCA